CUAGCCUAACGCAAUAGCGGACUAGCCGAACGCCCUAGCCGCACGCCGAUGGCGAAGUGUUAGCUCAUUUUGAUCAAUUUCCCCGAAGUGGCGAAGUGUUAGCUCAUUUUGUACUCAUUGCGUGUCACACUUAAAAAAGGGCACAUAUAUAAUGUUGGUUGGCCUAGAAAGAAAAACAAGUGAGUAUGGAUGAGAUGAAGAAAGUAAAACAAAAUACUCCACCCCGUAUCGGAAUAAAAAAAUACAAACGACGUUUUUAUGGUUAAAAAACGAACACAGCCUAUAUCUCUGGGUCUCUAAUACGAAACACACUUCACUUGAGAUUUCAUUUUAAUGGGCUUUUUCAUUUAUACUGUGGUAGGCUUCUCUAUAAACCAAUUACUACUUGGACGUGAAUAUGAACAUAAUUUUAAGAGAUUUUAUUUUAUAUAUAAAAUGGAGAGAAAAUAUAAUUUUAUAUUAACGUGUAACAAAAAAAUUUCAAAAAUGAAAAUGAAAAAUUUCGUAGGCAGAGACUUUCUAAUUCCGGUUUUUCUUUAAGUCGAGUCCAACAGGAUGUCGUUUGUGCCUGCUUUGAUUCGGCAGAAAAGGUUGGCCAUUCUUGGACAAUGCUCCUUCCAAACCAAUUCCAUAUCACGCGCAGAAUCCCACGCUUCCUUCUGGAAUCCGGACGCCCACCAGCUGCUCGACGAAUUGCCCCAACGCGACGUAAAAUCAGUGACAGCUUUGAUAUGCCAAUUUGCGAAACAAAAUCGACAUGCAGAGGCCAUUGCUUGCUUUACAAGAAUGCACCUUUUCGACAUCAAACCCAACGAGUACACUCUCGCUACUGUCAUUCACUCCUCCGCUGCCCUCAAAGACCUCCGCCUCGGCAAACAGAUUCAAUCCUACGCUGUGAAAGCCGGAUUAUGCUCCAACGUUUUCCCAGGCAGCGCCAUUUUGGAUCUCUACGUCAAGUUGGGCAGUUUUGACGCCAUUCUGAGAGCUUUCGAGGAUAUCAAUCACCCAAACGUGUUCUCCUACGCCUCGUUGAUCCGUGGCUACACGAAGGAAGGAAGAUUAGAUGAAGCCGGGGAUGUUUUCCGAUCGAUGCCCGAGAGGAAUGUGGUUUGUUGGAACACCAUGAUCAGCGGGUGCAGCCAAUCGGGGAGGAACGAGGAAGCUGUGAAUCUGUUCAAUGAGAUGUUCAGAGAGGGCGUUAAUCUUCCAAGUGUGGAUGCUUAAUCUUCCAACCGCAAUGAUGCAGAAGUGGUCGCCAGCCAAAGUACAAAGACCUACAGAUUCUCUGGCAAGAGGAUUUUUAAACAGGAGGCUAAAGCUGUAAAACAUAAGACUUAAAUUGGGCAGGGGCCGCGCGAACGCAGGCCCCCUCUGACACAAAUUAUGACAUAGGCUCGACCACUUGGGCCGACCUUAGACAGGCGCCCCUCCUAAGUGCAAUGGAAGUCGCCAAUCUAGGCCAUGGGCCUUAUGGAUCGCCCAUCGACCCCGUCCAGCGAUGUGGGAUGACAAAAUGUAAUGUAUUUGCUUCAUCUGUGUAUGAAUUGGGUAGACUGCUCGCUCCAUAUGAUAUUGAAGUGGAUGAUUGAGGAUGAAGAGAAAGACAAAUUUUUAUUAAUUUUAAUAUUUUUAAAACAAUAUUGUUUCGUUAGAUUUGUUUGAAUCAAUAUUGUUUGCAAGGAUCGAAGAGGUUAUUGAUGAGAGGUCAAAGCACUUUGCCAGGACGAGUUUGUGGAUGAGAGGAAGAUGAAGUGUCAUGAAAGAAGUGGAAGAGGAUGAUUGAAGAUGAAGAGAAAAACCAUGUUUUUUAUUUAUGUACUAGUAGUAAUUUUUUUAGUGUUGAAGAUGAAGAUGUGGAAGUGGACGUAAACGUGAGCUCUAAAAAAUACUCCCAAUUCAUUUUCCUCAAACUAAUGAAACAUAUUAUGAAAA